AUGAAGCACGGAUUAACGCGCAUUCAGCGUCUGUAUCUGGUGAUCAGCGUGUCGCUGCUAUUUUUUCUUGCUGAAAUAUCUGUCGGAUUUUAUACCAAAUCCCUCGCGCUUGUUGCCGAUGCUUUUCAUUACCUCAAUGAUCUGGUUGGCUUUGUUGUGGCUUUGGUCGCUCUUCAAAUAUCAAGCAGAAAAGACACCCCCAAAGAACUGUCUUUUGGCUGGUCACGGGCCCAACUUCUUGGUGCCUUUUUCAACGGUGUUUUCCUUCUAGCUCUUGGCGUGAGCAUAUUCCUUCAGUCGAUUGAGCGGUUCAUUUCGCUACAACGUGUCGAAAACCCAAAACUCAUCUUGAUCGUCGGAUGUGUUGGCCUAGCACUUAAUAUUCUAAGUGCCAGCUUCCUCCACGAGCACGAUCACGGCCCUUCCAUCCCCUCUGAAACCAAUGAACUACAAGAAAUCACUGGAAACGCCGCAUCCGAGGCAUAUUCUGCUCACCAGAACCAUCGUCACGGCAACCAACAGUCCAAGGAAAACGGUCACGAUCUCGGCAUGCUCGGCGUCCUGAUCCACGUUAUCGGCGAUGCAAUCAACAAUGUGGGCGUGAUUAUUUCUGCGUUGGUGAUUUGGAAGGCGAACUAUGCGGGCCGGUUCUACGCGGAUCCGGCGGUUAGUAUGGCGAUUUCGAUUAUGAUUCUGAUUACGUCGUCGCCUCUGGUGAAAAAGUCCGGCACAAUUCUUCUCGAGAGCGUCCCCUUAGGCGUCGAUCCGAGUGACGUUCAACACGAUCUUGAAUUGAUCCCCGGCAUACGGUCCGUCCACGAACUGCACGUCUGGCGCCUGAAUCAGCAAAAGUCGCUUGCAUCGGUGCACAUCGUGCUGUCCGACUGUCUCGUGUCUGAUUUUAUCCGCAUGGCGAAUACGGUGAAUGAGUGUCUGCAUAGUUACGGGAUUCAUUCUGCGACUGUGCAGCCGGAGGUAGUAGGGUCUGCUGCGAGUAAGAUUGCAGCGCCGGCGUAUCCUGAUGCGUCGGCCUGUCAGAUUAACUGUGGUGUUACUUGCGAGGAGUUGACAUGCUGCGGUUGA